GUGCGCAGCGCUUUCGAUAAUGGCGUCCGUGCGGGAGAUGCGCUCCGGUCCGUGAAAAUGAAGCGGAGAAGAAGUUGUCAUUGUUGAGAACAAAGCGAAGGGGGUGGGGGGCGUCCUUUUGCGGGCUCUGCGUCGAAAGUAGCGGCCUUUCUCCUACGGCUUCUGCGUUUCGAGGGCGAAAUGAUGAAGCUGAAGUCGAACCAGACCCGGACCUACGAUGGCGAUGGCUACAAGAAGAGAGCCGCCUGCUUGUGCUUCAGGAGCGAAACGGAGGAGGAGGUGCUGCUGGUGAGCAGCAGCCGACACCCGGACAAGUGGAUCGUUCCCGGAGGCGGAAUGGAGCCGGAGGAGGAGCCCAACGUUGCUGCUGUUCGCGAAGUGUGUGAGGAGGCCGGCGUCAAGGGAACGCUAGGACGGCUAGUGGGAAUUUUCGAGAACAGGGACCGGAAACACAGGACGUACGUCUACGUUCUCAUAGUCACGGAGGUGCUGGAGGAUUGGGAGGAUUCCGUCAACAUUGGGAGGAAAAGGGAAUGGUUCCGGACGGAUGACGCGCGCCGAGUGCUCCAGUGCCACAAACCCGUGCAGGCUUCUUACUUCGAAGCGCUACAGCAGGCCUGCUUGACGGGCAACGGAACGCCUUUGGUGGCCACCAUCGCCAGCGACCUGUCGCCACCCACGUACAGCAUCAGCCAGAGCUCGGUUUCGGGUAUCAGAUAACUAGCGCACAAGGCAGGAGCUCCGGCAGACCUCUCCACUUCCUCUUCUUUUCUUAAUUAAUCCUUCUACUUACUACAACUACUACAUCUAUUACUACUACUACUACUACUGCUUCUACUAUUACUGCU